AUGUCGAAGACCGCUAGUAUGACUACGACCAUGGAGCAUCUUACACUUCGACCGGACCAAAAUUCCACAGCGUCUCCAGCAACACUUCGUCGGCGCUCAUCCCUAGUACCAUCCCUCUCAUUCCCCAAAUCCUACACCCUCCAAGAGCCAAAAUCGCCCUUCCUCAAACUCCCCGCCGAAAUCAGAAACGUCAUCUACACCGACCUCUUCCAAGACCAAGAAGCCCGCAUCAGACCCGACUACACCCUCCCCGGCCUCCUCACAUCCUGCAAACAACUCUACACCGAAGCCAUCGGCCUCUACUACAACCUCACUACCUUCCGCUGCCUCGACGAAACCUCUACUAUCUCCUGGCUGAUCCAUCUCCCGAGGCCGUUCCUGGACUUGGUCCCCGAGGUGAGGUAUGAUACGAGGUGGAUUGUUUUUGUGACGCCGAUGAUUCCGGUGUCGGGGGUGGAGGGGUGGUUGUUUCAGGGGUUGGUUGCGAAGUUGAAGGAGGGGGGGUUUGAUGUGCAUCAGCUGGGGCAGAAGGUUGGGGAGGAUGGGGAGGUGGUGGGAGAAGGGAAGUUGAAGAUUAGUUAUUAUGGGAGGGGGAGUGGGGCGAGUGGGGUUGAGUGGACGGAUAGGCCUGGGUUGAUUGAGGAGGUGAGGAGGGUGGGGAGGGUUUGA